AUGUUCAGAGUCUUCUUGGUGCUUCAGAUCGUUGGUUUGCUGAUGACAUUCCUGGAGAUUCUCUUGGUAUUCAUGGUCGUGCGGACGCUCACGGAGUCUCGGAUAUUCCUGAUCGUCGACCUGCUGAUGGCGUUCGUGGUGGCACUGGUACUUCCGAUGUCCCUGGCCCCUUCGAUCGUCGGCCUGCAGACGGCGAUGUUGGCCGGGCUCUUGGUGGACCUUGCGACGGGGACGCGCCGAGUUUUCUUGGUGUUCCUGCUCGUCGGCCUGCCGAUGUGGUACUUGUGGUGGUGUUCAUGGGAGUGCUGA